UUCACGUGUCCCCCUAGUCUUUCUCCAUUGUCAUGGAGCCCAGCCUGCUUUCCCCGCGCACGUUUCUCCGCCACGACUUCCUGACGUCACGUUAGGAGGGGCUCCUCCGUCUGCCUCGGUCGCUGUUCUCGGUCCUGAAAAACAGCGUCGGCCGCGCUCCACUCUUCUCUGUUGCUUAUUUCAUGCAGCCAUUUUAGGUUCUUUCGAUUUCCCCCAAACUCCUCCGCCACGCGACUACCCCACCGACUCCUCCGGGGCUGCUCCCACCCGACAUCGGCCGGAAUCAUGAACGUGUGAGGCGGGCAUGGAUUGAGCCAAACAGCGGGAUGGAGUCUCCGUGGUGUCCCGUGGUCGUCCUCACGUUGGCCGUCUGGCUUUGCUGCUUUGCACCCGCCUGCGCCGACGGAAGCUAUGGAUGCCUGUUUGAAGACGAGCUUUGCCGAGCUUAUGAGUUCUGCGUCAACGAUGGAGUUUUCGGGAGGUGUCAGGAGCUGGCCGUCGCAGACCUGAACACGUACGACGUGUCUUCCUCCGGCUUGCUGCGCCUGAGGACUCUCUUGCAGAAACUAGCUCACAGAGGUCUGACAUGGCAGGAUGACAUCACCCAGCAGGUCAUCUCCCAAGAGCUCUCCAAGCUGAGGAGCCAUCAGGCAGCAUCGGAGGCGCCAUUCGGGUCCUACGACAUAGUCACGGGCAGGAAUGGGAGACCCGGCCAGGCAGAGCUGAACAGGAACCUUCAGCGCUUCCUUAAAGGCUUGCAGUUCCUGCCACAGCUCCAGCCUGGAGUCCAACAAAAGGCAGUUAGCACUCAGAAUGAUGGCAUCAGCGAUGACAGCCCUUCCGAUCGUGCUCCGCCAAAGUCAGGCUGGAAAGAGACCAGCAUUUACAGCCUCCAAAAGGGACCGGACCAAGCUCCCAUCACCAAGGUCAUCUCAAAAAGUGGCGAGGGCAGGCACCCUAAACUUAGCGCCCCCUACAAGCCCCUCUCUAACCAACUGGACCAGCUCCUUGGGGGAAGGGAACCGCCCGAGUCGAACGGAAAGCUCCGCUACCUUGGCUACGUGCGCCCGCCUCCAGAUGAGAUUCGAGUAGAUUUUGGUUCGAAAGCCCCAAAACCCAAUCUGGAUGGACUUUUGUUCAGGAGUGGGUCUGGCCAAUUGACUGCCAAGAAGCCCUCUCAUGUUAUGAAUGACCGGUUAAUGCAGGAUAUGAUGAACCAUUUGGGAGGGCACAACUUCAAUAUGGACCCAUUGAUGGCCAAAGACCUUAACCACCUGGCUGAUGUCAUCACCGGAGUUCUGCAAGAAGCUGAGGUGAGGCAACCUGAUCCCGAGGCGCAGCCAGGACCGGGAACCGCUAUGUCUGACCAGGUCACGGAUGGAGACCGGGAGCAAGUGGCUGCUGUGGAAUCGAACAAAGUCUUGGAUACGAAACCAAACAAAGUGCUGGUUGUCAAACAGAAGGUCCCUUCCAGAUUUCGACAAGGCCAACAAGAAGAUAGUGCAGCUGACAAGGAGCCUGUUGACAAGCAUACUGCCAUUUUCUCCAAGCUCCUCAACUAUCUUGACAAGUUUGAUGAUUCCCCUGAUGUUCAACCUGUUACUGGUGAAAAAGCAGUGGGCCUGGAGAGCAUCCAUAGUCGAACCACGCAGUCCCAAAGUGCCAAGAAAGUCUUCUCUGCACCCGCCAGGGAAGACUCCAGCUUGCGGUUGAUCAGUGGUGCGACGCCCGAUGCCCAACAAUCUGACUCUGAGAUGGUGAAGUGGAUGCAAAAGCCUGCCGCCAAUGACGUGAAGAUCAAAACUCAGUUGGUCCACGUCGGACUGAAAGAGUUUUCCAGCAGAGGAAAGGACAGACAUUUUGGUUACAUCAUAACUGGCUCAGACUCCCUCACCUCUGACCAGGCCAUGGACUUGAUGGAACGACUCACCCAGGAGCUGAAACUCCAUGCCGCAGACCUCACGCAGCUCUCUGUUCUCGGCCCGGCGUUGACUUUCCGGGUCGGGCCCAACCCUGCCAACGUAACCACAGCAGAUCUGGUGCAAGUGGCCGUUCAACAGAAGCAGCAGCUGGAGAAGGAGACGGGCCUGAAAAUCGUGGAGGCUGGAGUCAGUGACAGGGGCAGCCUGAGCCGCAUCCCCGUGGUGAAAGAGACCCGCGUGGAGUCAGGCCAAUUGGUGGUUCUCUCGGUCCUUUGCGUGCUCUUCAUCCUGGUGGUGCUGUUGGUGUCUGCCACCUUCUUCUGCGUGCGCCAGCGCUCCCACCUGCGCAUUAAAGAGAAACUCUCCAGCUUGGGCACUGAUACUGGCAACGAUGCCACGGCAACCUAUCAGGAGUUGUGUCGCCAACGCAUGGCUAUCCGGGCGUCAGAGCGUGUGGAGCGUCCAGAGACGCUGCGCCACUCGCGCCUCAACAGUGUGUCGUCCCAGUUCAGCGAUGGGCCCGGAGCGGGAAGCCCAUCCACGCGUAGCAGCACAUCCUCCUGGUGCGAGGAGCCUGUCCCGUCCAACAUGGACAUCUCCACUGGGCACAUGAUACUGUCGUACAUGGAGGACCACUUGAAGAACAAGAACCGUCUGCAGCGCGAGUGGGAGGCGCUGUGCUUGUAUCAAGCGGAACCAGCCACCUGCAACGUGGCCCGGAGCGAGCAGAGUGUCAGGAAGAACCGCUCGGAUGCCGUGCUAGCGUAUGAUCAUUCCAGGAUCACCUUGAAAGCAGAGAAUAACCAUAGCGGCUCCGAUUACAUCAAUGCCAGCCCAAUUAUGGACCACGACCCCCGCAACCCCACUUACAUCGCCUCGCAGGGCCCGCUUCCCUCCACCGUGGCCGACUUCUGGCAGAUGGUGUGGGAGAGCGGCUGCGUGGUCGUCGUCAUGCUCACCCCUGUUUCGGAGAACGGCGUCAAGCAGUGUCACCACUACUGGCCGGAUGAGGGAUCGGAUGUCUACCAUUUCUACGAGGUGAACCUCGUGUCCGAGCAUAUCUGGUGCGAAGACUUCCUCGUUCGGAGCUUCUACCUGAAGAACCUGCACACCAACGAGACGCGCACCGUCACCCAAUUCCACUUCCUGUCCUGGAUGGACCGCGGCGUUCCCAACUGUGCGCGCACCCUCUUGGACUUCCGCAGAAAGGUUAACAAGUGCUACCGGGGUCGAUCUUGCCCGAUUAUUGUUCACUGCAGUGACGGCGCCGGCAGGAGCGGGACAUACAUUUUGAUCGACAUGGUCCUCAACAGGAUGGCCAAAGGUGCGAAAGAGAUUGAUAUUGCCGCGACCCUGGAGCACUUGAGAGACCAGAGAGCCGGCAUGGUCCACACAAAGGAGCAGUUUGAGUUUGCGCUGACGGCCGUGGCCGAGGAGGUCAACGCCAUCCUCAAAGCGAUGCCCCAGUGAAGGCCAACUCUUCCUCCACCUCUUCUUCUCCUUUAAAUCUUGAUAUAUACACACAAGAGUUUUCUGUAUGUCGUGCGGCAAUCACAGUGGCCAAAGGUUGCGUUCAGGUACCAGCAGAGCUGAUCGGGCGCGCGAUACACGUCGGAAAUAAGGAGACCAUGCGGUCCAAUGAAAAGCAUGUCCAUGUUCGCUUUUGGGGGAGGAGACACUUUACUCCCAAACACUGAUAAAGUCACACAAUAUUUUUUUGAAGAAACAAAGAUUUCAUAUAGGAGAUUUUAUUUAUUUAUGUAAAGAAUUUAGAAGGAAAUCUUAAACUUGUGAUUUUGUUGCUGUUGUUUUUCUUUGUUUACUGUCUUUAAAACAAAUAUUAUUUAUAAACAUUAAUUGAAAUUAUGAAUAUACAAAUGUUAGCAUAUUAUACGAUAAAAAAAAAUAUUUUUACGUAAAAAAAAAUCAUAACAAAGUGCUAAUAUUGCAGGAGAAAAUGCGAAUAUUAACGAAAAUAAAAUCAUUAAAAAAUUACAAAUUCUCGUGCUUUUUACAGUUUUUUUUAUUUUGAAGUAAUUUUUAUUUUUUUAUAUUAUUUGAGAGAAGGAGUUAUGAGGCAGGUAAAUACAGUAAAAAAAUCAGUUGUCCUUAAAUCUUUAUUCGCAAUAAUUAGGUCAUAUUUUUCCAAAUUAAUGUUAUAGUAUUACAAUAAUCAUAUCAAAAUAGUACUAUUUACUAUUAUAACUAACUUUCCGCAUUAUUACUAACCAUACUUUUUAAUGUAGUAUAAGAAGCAAAGUUCCUCGCCUCCAAUUUUUAACAAAAGUUUCAGCCAUCACAAGUGGUUAAAAAAAAUAUUUGCCUGUGUUCAGAGGGGAAAAUAUUAUGUAAUACGUACUUUUUAUUGGGCAGCGUCUCAGCAAGUGUGGUGUACAGAAGUACCUGAACGCAAGGUUCUGGUGCCACUGGCCAGCUGUAACGUCAUGUCCAGUGAAGAGUUUGAGAUCAAAAAACAAUAUCAUUUUAAAAAGCAAACAUAUGCUAGUAUAUAUACUUCUAUGCGUAUGUACAGUUGACUGUAUGGAUUGUGGUAUUGUACAAAUGAUACACGUCGGACUUAGACGCCAUCAUUUUCUAACCAUUAAAGUAAAAAGUAUGAUUCUAAGAGGAUAAAUAAAGUUGAUAUUAUGCAAAUAUAUGUAAUAUAUGAGGAGGAGGAAAUAUUCAAUAUUUUAUGACUCAUUUGUCAUGAUAUUACAAGAAAAUGCUGCAAUUAUUAUGAGAAUACACUUGGAGGAAUAGAUGAUUCCAAAAAUCAUUUCAUUAAAUUUCAUUAAGAUCUAUGUUUACAAAUAUAAAAUCCUAAUGGUACAAGUUUUAUGAGUCAUAUUAUUGUAAAAGGGGAAAAAAAAUUUUUUUUACUAAAGUUACACGUUAAAAACUUAUGAGUUAUUAUUAAUAUGCAUUUUGAGAGUCAUAAUAUUCAAAUUGUUGUAGUGGCUUGAGUAAAAAAAAGUGUGUGGUGGCGUCACACUUCCAAUAAUUUAACUUUUGUGAGAGAGUAAUGUCAGAAAUUUGUAAAAAGAAAGCAAUUAAUAGUGAUGCACGAUAAUACAUUUUUCAACCGAUACCGAUAAUUGCCUCCUCGUUCCAGCCGAUAACCGAUAAUGUCAAGCCGAUAAUUCAACUAAAAGAUAUACGUAACAUUUUAAAGUGUUCACAAGAGCAAAUAUUACUGUGCAAACAUAGAAUUUAUUGCUCUUUUUUCGACAUCAAAUGUGUGUGUCAAAAAAGUAGUGAAUUCCAACAUCUAAACAAUGACAUUGUCUGACAUUGUGGAAUGGUAAACUUUUAGCAGCGAUUAUUUACUGAGUAAAUACCUAAGUUGCACGAAAAUGCCUUUAAAACUAAGUAAUUCCUAACAUACAGUAUAUAUCAUUACUACAAUGCAAAAACACACCUCCUUAAAACUAGUUAAAAUUCCCUUAAAAAGUUUUAGGUGUAAAUCUAUUGGAAAUAUGUGAAAUUAUCUGCCAGUGUCUCAAGUAAAUUUCACUCAGAUUUCUUGAAAUAAGAAAAAUAGCUAUCUGAAAAUAAGCUUAACAGCCUUAUUUUCAGCAAUAGAUUAUUAUAUUUAAUCCUUAAAAAAUGUGUUUGUCAGAAAUGUUCUUUAUUCAAGAAUAGAUAAGGUCCAAAACAUUAUCUGAAAGCAAUUUUUUCUUGAUUUAGGUGCUUAAUGAGUUGAACCGGAGAUGAAGCGUUACUGAUCGUCACAAACCCCGUAGUAUGCUUUCAAUUUGUUUACUAUUAGCUUUAGCCUUUGCACUAGUGGUAGCCUUGUAUUUGUUUCACGAAUCAUUGUGAUGCAGCUUUAAACGGCUGAUCACAUUAGUGGUGUUGAUUGAGGACGCUUUCUUUCGGCCUCGUGGAACUUCUGUUUCACACACGGAAAGGUAAUCGCACACUUGUGAUGGAGCCGCCAUGAUCUCAAGCAUUUCAUGUGUUGUCACUCAUGUGAUGGGGUUAAGGCGGCGAUGCAGAAUUGGACAAAACUGCAUAGAUUGCACACAUUUGAAGACUAAAUCCAGUAUAUAAUUAUCGGAUUGGAUUACCGGUUGAUUUUUUUAAAAAUCUGGAUUAUCUGUGUGACGCCACAAUUGCCAUUAUCGGUAACCGAUAUUAUUGUGCAUCUUUAGUAAUUGAUCUUGAAUGAUAAUAUUAAAAGAAAAACAAGUAUACUUUUAAAAAAAAUGAAAUAAUGUUUCAUAACAAACUAAAAAAUUUCGGGACUAAAAUAAAGCUAUGAAUGUGCGGGUUUGAUGUUAGUUUUCACUACUUUUGUGGAAAUAGUAGCAACGUAUGCUAAACAUAUUGUUCAUUUUUGCAAGAAUAGUCAAAAAUCAAAAUCAAUGAUAUUCUAAUGUUUUCAGGAUACGUCGGUUUUACGAGAAUACUGUAAAGUCAGAACAAAACGGAACAAAAUCCCUUUGCUGCAAUUUUUUUUCGUCAUAACUUUAAAAGUGUUUUCUUCCUAUGACUCCUGCUAUUGAUUCAACAGCCUCCAUAAAUACAGUGGUACCUCUUCCUAUGAAAUUAAUGGGUUCUGCAAGUAGUUUCGUAACUUGAAAAUUCUGUAAACCGAGACGCGUAUCCAUGUAAAUGCCCUAAUCUGUUCCAAGCCCCCCAAAAUUCAGAGAUCAAUCUUUUAUAAUGCAUAAAAAUGCAUCAAAACAUGUAAUAAAUACAUGUUACAAUUCUAUUAUGGCACAAUAAACAUAAAAUUAGAGCUUUGCAUAAUAUUAAAAAAAAAAAAAAAAAAACACGAAUAAAGACUCAUGUAAAGCUGUCGGAACACAUGAAUGAAUGAAUGAAUGAAUGAAUGAAGAGGACGCUGGAAUACACACAUAUACAUACAGUAGAGGUCCCCUUUUUAGCCAAUUGGAUGCCAGGACUGGUAGGCAAUAGCCAAUAGCAGAGCUGCUAUAAGUAUGUUACGUUCAGUAAACUCCGGGAGCUGCGAGUACCAGCCAUAAUGUAUUUUUGCCUUUUGUAUCCUGAAAUUCUUUCAUAACAAGAGGCAAUAUUUUCCCCAUUGAGGCGUGUCUUAACCUGAAAAUUGUGUAUGUAGAGACAUUUGUAAGUAGAGGUACCACUGUAAUAGAAUUCUAAAUGCAUCUCUCGUUAGCUUGGCACCACGUGACCACUAAUAAUUAUAACUACAAGUAGUGUCUUGAAGUGUUCCAUCUAUUUAACGAGUUGUUGUAUCACGGAUCCAUUGUGAUAUGUUGUGCAACAUUGACAUUACUGUAGUAUGACUUCCUCUACUAGAGUGAAUAAUGCCCACAAUAAUAUUCACAUUGAUAAUAAAGAGAAAUAGAAACAA